AAUCCUAAGCCAUCCGCCCAGCCUAGGAAACCCAGGAGCCAGACAUGCCAUAGCCACAUCUACCGCUGCUUGGGCGAGACUACCAUUCCAACCACCGCCAAGCAUAGGAUGUGACUAAAUCCUCUCCGAACAACUUUCGUUGGACAUCCAUGAAAACUAUAAAACAUCAAAUAAACGCUAACGGGAAACUAGCUUUGGACUUGUUGCAGUAACGAUCGACUCCGGAAGGUGAUGAGGCAGAAGUCGACCUCUCAGCGGGCUCUCACUCUGUUAUAGCCAUGGGGUGUUAAGAAACACCGGCGAAGCAGGCUUCCACCCUAACAUAUCGUCAUCAAAUAUGCAAAUCCCUCCUGACAGAGUAAAAAGGAGAACUUUUGAAGCCUCCACUGAAAACAGAAACUGGAUCGAAACUCAAUCCUCUUCACAUGUAGUACAGAUCUAGAAAAGAACAAGAAAGAAACAAGAACAAAACCAUUCUCUGGGAUCGACUCUCUUAUCCCUUCCUGAGUUAUGCACUUGUUAUCUUUGAGUUUUAAAUGGUACUAUUGUUUCACAAAUUUUUUUUUUUUAAAAAAAAAGAGAAAGAAAUAAAGAAAGAAAGACAGAAAGCCACAAUACAAACUUCUUCCAUAAUAAUGAAGAAGAUGGAUGUUUGCUUCAAAAGAAGAUGAACCAAAGAAAGAAGGAAGCAUUUGCAUUACACCUAAGGUCCAAGAGGAGAAGCUUUACACACGCACCAGCAUGCUGGGCUCCUUUUUGUUUCUUUUAUGGUUUCCCACCAGCUUCAUCAACCUUUAAAGGCUAAAGCAACACAAAAAAAUCAAAGCAGCCUUGGAGUCAUGAGCAAUUAUUUGUAGUUAGUGAAACAAAAGUUGGCUUCUUUAAUUCUUUACAUACCCAUAAAGGAAACCCACCACAGAAACAUACCUUUCCAUCCCACUAAUCAUACCCUCUUCUUUCUCACUAAGUUUCGCAUCCCCAUCUCCCUUAAUCACCAAGAAAAUUACUCAUUCUCCUUACAACUCCUCCUACAUAUUUGCAUGCACAUCAAUUUCUCUUCUCAUUUAUUCUUCAAGAGAUCGAGAUUAAUUCCAAGUAUUUCAAAUCUCCAUCCAAGAGAGAGAGAUGAGUGCAGAUUGGGGGCCAGUUGUUGUAGCAGUAGUGUUGUUCAUCCUCUUGUCGCCAGGGCUAUUAUUCCAGCUGCCUUCAAGGAUAAGAGUGGUGGAAUUUGGGAACAUGAACACAAGUGGGAUCGCUAUUCUUGUUCAUGCUGUAAUAUAUUUUUGCAUAUACACCAUCUUGAUCAUUGCAAUUGGUAUCCACAUACAUGUUAACUGAUUCCAAAUAUUAAUACUACUCAGCCAAGGUUGGCUUCUUUCUUUC